AUUGAAAAUCAUUGUAACUUAUGCCAAUAUUCCCUUGACAUAAAGCGGUGUACAAAUACAAGUUGUUGUGGACCACCUCGCUCAAAAGAUGCUAUAGAUUUUUUGCAGCUAAAUAACAGUUUUUUACUUUCGGUCACCAAAGCUAAAGAUGGAUAUUUUAUCAAUCCUAUACAUCUUCUUGAGUACUAUGAUUUCUUAAAAAUUCCUAACUAUGAUUCAUAUUGUCCAUUCCUCGAUGAAACAACUUAUUCACGUCUUAGAAAAUCUAAAAAUCAAAUUGAGCAAAACUCAUUAACCUUUGAUAAUUUCUUCCUUCUUCCAUCACAGCAAUACGAUCAAAUACUUUUGUCUGAUGAAUUACAUUUAAGAGAAUGGACUUCGGAUAAUGA